GAAACGCAGUUGUUGAAGAGAAGAAGCUGGGUGUCCUUCACAACAGCAAAGAUGGCGACCGCUACAAAAAUUAUUCAAAGGAUUCGCAAUUUUUUAUCAGGGCGUGACCUUCAAAGUAAACUUCAACUGCGGUAUGAAGAGAUUGCAAAGAGGACGCAGCCACCACCUAAAUUGGCUGUUGGGCCAAGCCACAAGUUUGCAGACAACUACUAUUUUACCAGAGAUGGACGCAGAGAAUCCAUGCCCGCCACCGUUGUCAUGUCCUCACAGAAGGCGCUCGCUGCUGGCAGCCAAGGUGCUGCACCAGCUAAACUUCCAGUGACCCCCGGUGCAGUAUACAGGGAACCAGAGCUCUCCACAGACCAGCCAUACCUUUGAGGUUCAGCAAAAAACCUUCAUGAGCAUCAUCAAUUCGUCUGCCCCCAGAGUUUCUACUGAGAUCUAAUCAGUCUUGUGGUUGUAACUUGUACAAUGAAGUUAAAUAAAAUUGUCUCUGUUUA